UCACCUUUUCUGUGUACAAACCGCAACAGAGAAUAGCAAGGUCCACACAGUUCGAGAAUGUCAUUAUUUAUAGUAGGGUCCACACAGUUUGUGAUCUAGAAUAGCUGGGUCCGCACAUUAGUUCCCGAACGAAAAGGCCGGAACCAACCAGUCGUUUGCGAACGAACGACAUUUACAGAAAAUGGCGUCUAGAUCAGUUCGUUCACUUAGUUAAAUCGUUCGUUUCGUCCGUUCGUUCGCGAACGAUUCACCUCUAUAUUGCAUAUCACUAUAGCAACAGCAUGUGUUACGAGGUUUUCCAAACCGAUUAGUUAUAAUACGAAUUAUAAUAAGUUUAGUUCUUUUAUGCCAGCUUAUUUUAAUCAAGAAAUACAUUGCAAUAUUAAUACCAUCUCAAGUAUCAAAGAAAAAAAUGGACUCAUCUGUGGCAGAAGCAAGUAACCACUUGGGAAUAAAUUUAUACAAAUUGUUGGCCGAGGAAAACACCAAUGUUUUCUUUUCACCAUUCAGCAUCUCUACAGCUUUAGCCAUGCUGUUUUGUGGUGCUCAAAAUGAAACAGCUGAGGAAAUGAGAAAAGUGUUAGGAUAUGAAAUUGCUAACAUCAAAGAUGAAGAACUCAAGCAUUGUUUUCAGAAGCUUCUUGAUACAUUUGACAUUAACCAGGAAUCUUACACUUUAAAUUAUGCUAACAGUGUUCUCAUUUACAAAGAUUUCUCUGUAAAAGAAGAAUACAAAUCACUCUUGAAAGAUUUCUUUAAGGCCUUUUUCCAGGAGGUUGAUUUUAUAAAUGAAAGCGAAAAAGCAGUUAUGUUGGUAAAUGAGUGGGUUAAUGAUAAAACUAAUAAUAUGAUUCCUAAGCUUUUGGAUUCCCUGGAUCCUUCUACUGUGAUGAUAAUUCUUAAUGCUGUAUAUUUUAAAGGGCUUUGGUCCCAUCCGUUCGAUGAAAAGAGUACCUUUAAGCAGUAUUUCUAUAAUAAAGGUGAUGAGGAUGAUUACAAACAAGUAGAUAUGAUGCACUUGAAAGAUAAAUUUUAUUUUGUGGAAAAGGAAUCGUAUAAGGCACUCCAGCUUCUUUAUAAAGGAGAUGAUAUAUCUAUGCUUAUUCUGCUACCUAACUCCAAAGAUGGCUUGAGAGAAUUGGAGAAUUCUCUGAGUUCCACUCUCAUUCAGGAUCUAAAGGAAAAUAUGCGGGACACAAAAGUGGAAGUAGCACUUCCAAAAUUUAAACUCGAGUACUCAAAAUCAUUGAAAGAGAAAUUUGAAAGCCUGGGUUUGAAUCUAGUAUUUAAUAGUGGUGCUCAUCUUAAUGACAUCAAUGAUUCGGGGGAUCUUCUGGUUUCUGAAAUCAUCCACAAAGCUGUUCUUGUAGUGAAUGAAGAAGGCAGUGAAGCUGCAGCUGUCACAGCUGUUAUGAUGAUGAGAUGUGCACUGAUAUUUAACCAACCAGAAUUUAUUGUAGAUCAUCCUUUCAUGUUUGUGAUAUACAAUAAUAAGAAUAAUCUCAUCCUUUUUAUGGGCAGAGUAGAUGAAUUAUAAUUAGAAUAUAUAGAUGGCAACUAAAUUUCCUUACACUUGUAUUUUAAGAUUUCUUUAAAGGUGCAAUUGUAAGAUAAUGUAAGCUUUAUUGUAAUUGAUGGCAAGACAUGCUUUUGAGUGUUAGAAAAGAAUAUUUUCAUUAUAUUGUUAUAAUAUGGAAUUUUUAGUAUUCUAUUUUAUUCGUGUAUCACCUCAUCAACAAUUUUUCUUGAUAACAUUUCUUUUUUUGAGGAAAAUAUACACUUACAACACUUAUUAAGUAACACUGUCAAUUAGUAAUAUUCUAAAUAUUACCCAGUAUUAUAGUCUGUGUAUUUUCUACAGGUGGUUCAAGAUCACAUUUUCUACCACAUUACUGGUACCAGACAACCAAUAAUGAUGUAGAAAAUGUGACCUUGAACCGCCUAUUGAAAAUACACAGACUAUAAAUUGAAUACUCUAUAUUUCAUAUUUUCUCUUAUUCCUUAUAUGCUAAUGCAAGCUAGAAGGGAUUAAAAUAAAAUUUCUUUUUUGUUUAUUUAUUAAUUAUUGUUUUUAAUAUAAUUUUUAUAUCUAUCCAGUUAUUAAAUAAAUUUUAUAAACCUUUUCAUUUUGUAUCACAUAUUAUUUGUGAAUUUCUUAAUGAAAUAGGUAGCAGUAUUGUGAUAAUCAGCUAUUGUCAACUUUAGCUGGAUUCAGUAGUGAUAUAUGUAUUAUGUUGAAAAAAGUAAAUUAUCAUUAAUUCUUUAGCUGCUGUUAAAUUAUUUUACAUUUUUUAUAAAUCUACUAUUUUUUAUAAAUUAUAAAUUUCACUAUUUUUUUAUAAAUUUUUAUGUGCUGUAAUCUGUGAUCACACAGCUUAUGAAAUUGUUAUAUCUUAUGGAAAUAGAACUUGAAUUUGUGGCAUUUUUUAAAUUUGUUGUUUAUAAGUCAUUAUAAUAAUCAUGUAGUUGUUUAUUUGUUAUGUAAUUAUAUAUAAAAUAUAUCUGUGUGAGCUAUGUAGAUAAUUUCUGUUAUAGCAGUUAAUAAAUGUUAAACGAAAUGGUUGAAUUCUGUUUGUAAACAGAUGUCUCUUUCAAAGGCUGCAUGACUGUUUCUAUUAGUUCCUGAUAUAAAACGACUGAGAUUACAAUAUUUUCAGAUUGUAUUUUAUUGUUUAGAAAUUUAUAUGUCUGUAGCUAAAGAAUGUUAUUCAAGGUUAGAAUUUAUGCAAGAUGUUUAAUAAAUAUGAUUUUAA